GGGAGGGGGACUUCAGGCCGUCUCUACUGAGCUCUACCUGUCUGCGAGAAUGGCGGGUAGGGGGAAGCUAAUUGCGGUGAUCGGAGACGAGGACACAGUUACUGGCUUCCUCCUGGGAGGCAUAGGGGAGCUUAACAAGAACCGCCACCCUAAUUUCCUGGUGGUGGAGAAGGAUACAACCAUCAAUGAGAUCGAAGACACUUUCCGGCAGUUUCUAAACCGGGAUGACAUCGGCAUUAUCCUCAUCAACCAGUACAUCGCAGAGAUGGUGCGGCACGCGCUCGACGCCCACCAGCACUCCAUCCCAGCCGUCCUGGAGAUCCCAUCCAAGGAGCACCCCUAUGAUGCCGCCAAGGACUCCAUCCUGCGCCGGGCCCGGGGCAUGUUCACAGACGAAGACCCUCCCUACAGCCAGGCAGCUCCUCCCCAGGCUUGCCCUCAGUCCUUCUGUGAGUUUUGAGCCUCUGAUUUCCAAUUCCCGUGCCCCUUCCCACUCCAUUA